CCUAGUUCCAGCACACACUCACACACUCACACACUCACACACUCAUCCUGGACGCUUUAGAGCCGCUCACACACUCACACGGGCCUGUGGACGAGCGCCGCGUUUCUCGAUUGCAGGAGAAAGUGUGUGUUGUGUGGGUGAGUGUGACUGAACUGUGAGUGAUGAUCUCUCGCAGGAGAACGUAGAACUUGUACAGACAGGAGCUGCUGGAAUGGCAAACUGCUCAGAAACACUGGAAACUUCAGUCUGAUCAAAAUGUCUGAGGCUAUUUGCUGCACGCUGGUGAACUGCAACUGUGACAGUUUCAAGCCUGGGAAACUGAGGCGGCGACUCUGUGAAGACUGUAGGCACGGCUGGGUCGCCCAUGCUCUGAGUAAGCUGAAGGUUCAUCACAUGUACCAAGGAAGCCAGGUGGAGAUUGUUCACUCCAAUGUGGUGUUUGAUAUCUGUAGUCUGAUGCUUUAUGGGACGCAGGCAAUUCCAGUGCGUCUCAAGAUCCUGCUGGACCGACUCUUCAGCGUCCUUAAGCAGGAGGAGGUUAUUCAGAUCCUAAACGCCCUGGACUGGACUCUCCAGGACUACAUCCGUGGUUAUGUCCUGCAGGAUGUGGCCGGUAAGGUUUUGGACCGCUGGGCCAUAAUGACCUUUGAAGAGGAGAUUGUAACGCUGCAGCAAUUCCUGCGCUUUGGAGAGACCAAGUCCAUCGUGGAGCUCAUGGCUCUACAGGACAAGGAGGGACAGGCUGUUGUUGUUCCGACCACUAGGACCAAUUCUGACAUCCGCAGCUUCAUCGAAAGCAGCACCCAGCGCUCUGUGCGGACACCCGCUAAAGCAGAAGCACCCGGUUGUAGUAACGGACACCCUUUUGAGACUCUAGUGAACAGUAUGGCCCUCAUGCUGCCAUUGCAACUGCUGAACUCGGUUCCGGCACCGUUGCUGAGCUCCAGUACAGCCUGCAGCCACCAGGAGGCACAAACGAGACACGAGACGCCAGAACUAAGCCUUGACAGCAGUGCUGCGUUCGACACCGGCCCCGUGAGAGUAGAGCUGCUGCUGGACACACAAUCUCCAAAGAUGGAGACGGAAGAGUUUAACGUGAGUGGAAAUUCCUCUCCCUCGACGCCUUGCACAUCCUCCAUCACUUCUGAAAUCACACACAUGUCACCAGAGAGCAAGAUGCGGUGUGCAGAGAAGAGCGGAUCCUUGAAGAAGGGCCGUGUGUUCUGCAGUGCCUGUGAGAAGACCUUCUAUGACAAGGGCACGCUGAAGAUACACUAUAAUGCCGUUCAUCUGAAGAUCAAACACAAGUGCACCAUUGAGGGCUGCAACAUGGUGUUCAGCUCUUUACGCAGUCGCAACAGGCACAGUGCUAAUCCGAACCCGCGGCUGCACAUGCCAAUGAACCGCAAUAAUCGUGACAAGGACCUGCGGGGGGGCCUGAGCCCGAGCCAGGAGGACGAGCCCGAGGGCGAGAAGAGAGAGUUCGCCUCCAUCCCAGAGAGCAGGACUGUCUCAAGUUUCAUCAUCCGCAACUCUGAGCCCAAACUACACGGCUCUUUAUCCAGCAUGAGCCAAAGCGGAAUCCUCUUCCCCAAUCUAAAGACUGUGCAGCCCGUGCUCCCCUUUUACCGGAGCCUGGUGACCCCAGCCGAGCUGGCCCAUACGCCGGGCAACUUGCCCUCGCUCCCGCUCCUGUCCUCCUCGGUGCCCGUCAGCACCAGCCACAUGCACACCGACGUGGAGCCGGUGCCCAAGAAGAAGUCUCGGAAGUCCAGCAUGCCCAUCAAAAUCGAGAAGGAUGAUCUGGCAGAAGAGGGCGUGUCCGAGGAGGAGACUCCGCCCCUCAGCCCCUGCACACACACACACAAGUGUGACAUCAGCAGCGAGGGGCGUGGCCCUGUGGACCGCGAUGGUCUUCUCCGGUCCACCGCCAACUCACUGGACGCAGAAUGGGACAAACUGACUCAGGAGGACAGUCGUAUCAUCUCAGCAUCUUCUCCUUCUCUCUUUCACACUAAACAGAACGAUGAGAAAGAAAAGGAGUCCUCAAAAUGUGAAGAACCAACAUGCAGUUCACGGCCAGACCAGCCUUGCAGCCACCGACCGGCCCAUUUCACACACAGCAGUGAACACUGUGCAGACGGCUGUAGUGACCCGGAGAACACGUGUCCAGAUGAUAAAGAAGAGCAGUCGCACCCCUGUGAGAUCUGCAGUAAGACAUUUAAAAACCCCUACAGUGUCAAAAUGCAUUAUCGAAACGUGCACUUAAAGGAGAUGCACAUGUGCACUGUGGACGGCUGCAACGCUGCUUUCCCAUCCCGGCGCAGCAGAGACCGACACAGUGCAAACCUGAAUCUGCACCACAGGCUGUUGACCAAAGAUUAUUCAGGAACGUCUUCUCUCCGCAGAGAGCAUCCCGAUCUCCCUCACAAAGAGCAGAUGUCAGUCAGUCAGAUGUCUGUGAUCCUCAAAGCCAGUCACCGCACAGGCCUCGUCUUCCCCAUGAGUAAAUCCCAGGAGAGAGCGACUGAGCCAGCAGAGGGUGCUGUGGAGAACGACGCUGUGUUGGACCUGAGCACCAGAGGAAGCGCACACUCGUCCUGGGACUCAGACAUGGGCAGUGAAGAAGGGCUCCCUCUAGAGGACAGUGACGAGAGCUGCGACGGGCUCCGUGUCUCGUCUCCACCGUGCCUCAGCCUGCAGUCUCACAGCUCAUCUCCCAUCACUUGCCAUCUCUGUCAGAAGGUUUACAGCAACAAAGGCACAUUCAGGGCUCAUUACAAAACGGUGCACCUUCGCCUCCUUCACAAGUGCAAAGUUCCAGGGUGUGACACUACAUUCUCCUCUGUUCGGAGCCGCAACCGACACAGUCAGAAUCCUAAUCUACACCGUAACCUUGUGAUGAAUACCUCCCUCAAUCAGGAGUAGGACAGAGCAACACACACACACACACACACACAUAUUCUUCUAAAUAUACAUACGCGUGUAAAGUCCAGGGGGCAGAAAGUAAAAGUCCUGCCAUAUGUUUAUUCCCACCACUGAUUUCACUAGUUCUCUCUCCUGGCUGAAAACUGUGGUAAUUAGCAAAUCCAGGCGAUUGGAACAAAAUACUGAGGAGGACUUUUACUUUCUGAACCUGGACUUUACACCUCUGCAUACGCAAUGAUUCACUCUUAACAAUUUGGGCUCAAAAGCACUGGUCAUUGUACUGUACAAUCAAGCACAACUGGAAGGACAAUCAUAUUUAUAAUAAACCUUGACGUUAUUUACCUUUUUAAUGUUAAGAUAUGUUUUCAUCUCUACCGUAAUAUCUACUUGAGAAACUUUACUUAUAUUUAUUGAUUUUUUGAAAGUAGGACAGAAAGACAGAUGCCUAAAAAUGACUGAAGAAAUGACAAAGCUGAAGAUUGAAGAGACAGAGAUGCUCGCCAACACACAAGAAAGUACAUACAGAAUCAUUUGAAUCAUCCUUAAAAACAAUCAGUGCUGUUAUACAGUAAGUUAGGUCCAUCAUUCUUUAUCCAAAGCCACAUAAAAAUCAUGUUGUAUUUUCCUUCUCUGCACUUUUCCAUGGAGGGGACACGUCUCUCCUCAGCACGAGACUGGGACCAGCAUUGAUCCAGCACGAGCCCACAGCAGAUUAGAGACUGUCCGAGCGAGCGAGCACUACCGAGUGUUGGUGAGAGAGUGGUUAAGAGCCUGAGCUGUUUUUAAGGUGCAGGACUCACAUGCGCUGCAGGUCAUUUUCUGGUAGUGUAUUUGUGUUUGCUUGCUGUUCAGAUUUGGUUUUAUUACAGAAGAUUUAGUGAAGCUGAUAGAUUGUGUUGGCGUUUCAAUCAAUAUGCUCUUUACAGAGGCUGUUGUGUUCUUGUUGAGUAAGUUAUUAUAUGUAUGUUUUAUUUUAGGGGCCAAGCAUCUGCAGUGUUUGUUCGUUUUCUUCUUCUUCUCGUGUCGUGGGAGUCUGUGAAGUCCCUAGACCACAUCUGGGUUCUGUCACUUAGACUCUAUAG